GACUGGGACCCCCUGGAGUCCUGAGACCCCCUGAAGACUGGGACCCCCUGGAGUCCUCGAGACCCCCUGAAGACUGGGACCCCCUGGAGUCCUGAGACCCCCUGGAGUCCUGAGACCCCCUGAAGACUGGGACCCCCUGGAGUCCUGAGACCCCCUGAAGACUGGGACCCCCUGGAGUCCUGAGACCCCCUGAAGACUGAGACCCCCUGAAGACUGGGACCCCCUGGAGUCCUGAGACCCCAUGGAGUCCUGAGACCCCCUGGAGUCCUGAGACCCCCUGAAGACUGGGACCCCCUGGAGUCCCGUAGACCCUGGGACCCCCUGGAGGUCCUGAGACCCCCUGGAGUCCUGAGACCCCCUGGAGUCCUGAGACCCCCUGAAGACUGAGACCCCCUGGAGUCCUGAGACCCCCUGGAGGCCCCGAGUCACUGAGGACUACCCCCAUGGACCCAAGCGCUCCCUGUGGGGGGGCGGGGCCUGACCCUCCUCAGACCGGCUCCCCACGGAGGCCUCCGAGCGGCUCUGGUCCUUGUGUGCGUGCGCUGCGGCCUGCAGGUCCAGGUCUGAGAGCGUGAUGCAGCACCAGGGCCCCAUCAGACCUCCAGCUCCAUCAGACCUCCAGCUCCAUCAGACCUCCAGCUCCAUCAGACCUCCAGCCCCCUCAGACCUCCAGCUCCAUCAGACCUCCAGCUCCAUCAGACCUCCAGCUCCAUCAGACCUCCAGCUCCAUCAGACCUCCAGCCCCCUCAGACCUCCAGCUCCAUCAGACCUCCAGCUCCAUCAGACCUCCAGCUCCAUCAGACCUCCAGCCCCCUCAGACCUCCAGCCCCCUCAGACCUCCAGCUCCAUCAGACCUCCAGCUCCAUCAGACCUCCAGCUCCAUCAGACCUCCAGCUCCAUCAGACCUCCAGCCCCCUCAGACCUCCAGCUCCAUCAGACCUCCAGCCCCCUCAGACCUCCAGCCCCCUCAGACCUCCAGCUCCAUCAGACCUCCAGCUCCAUCAGACCUCCAGCUCCAUCAGACCUCCAGCCCCCUCAGACCUCCAGCUCCAUCAGACCUCCAGCUCCAUCAGACCUCCAGCCCCCUCAGACCUCCAGCUCCAUCAGACCUCCAGCUCCAUCAGACCUCCAGCUCCAUCAGACCUCCAGCCCCCUCAGACCUCCAGCUCCAUCAGACCUCCAGCUCCAUCAGACCUCCAGCUCCCUCAGACCUCCAGCUCCGUCGGGACCGCCAACUUAUUGUUGUUCUGGUUUAUUCGUUGCUGCUGCUGACCAAUCGGAGAGCUUCGUUCUGCUCUCCCAAUAGUUCGGUCGAUCACGUGACCAGAGCGUCGCCACGGCAACGAACUCAAUAAAAUAAGUACAAGUAGAACACGUCGUCAGGAACAUUUAUACGGCUCAUCAGAGAGGUUGGAAUGUUGUGGUCCUCACAGCGCUGCAUCAACAAACACACACACACACAGGAAGGAGCAGCUCCUGAAAGACAGCAGAACUUAGACAUGCUCGAUGGACACAGAACUCGUGUUUUAAUACUUCACUCUACUGAGAGGAGUCUGACGCUGCAGUGGCGAGGAGUCCCCACCAGGGGGCAGUGGCACGCUGCGUACAGGUUGUCAUUCGGCUGCUGUGACUCACGCGCUGUGUGGCUGCUUCCACCAGGGGGCGCUAUCGAGCCACGGGGACAGAAGGACUGCUCUGGUGUUUUAAUAAAGACUCAACUCUCAAAAGUCCUCUGUGAUGCGUAGAAUAUCCUUUCAGCAUCAAAGGAAUGUCAUUAUUAUCUUCACACUUUAUUGGGUAGUUUAAACUAUAGGAUCAGAUGUAUUUUAUAUCUAUUUAAUAGUUCAACUCCUCGCAUCAGGAGACCGAUUGUUCUUUUACGCUUUAUAUUUUAUGUUAUGGAUCGUUAGAUUUUUAACUCUUAUUUCAAAUCAAUAAAAGAUCAACUUCUAAACUCAA